AUACUUCUCGAAGAAGCUAAGAUCUUAGAAUUUCUCGAACAACAUCGCUAUCUAAAUAUUAUUAGAUAUUACGGAUGUACUGUUAAUCGCGGCUGUAUCACCGGGCUCGCCCUUAAAAGACACGAAGUUAUCUUGCAAUAUUGUUACGAGGAUGUUCCACAUAAUCUUAAUAUUGCUGCUUGCAUGGCCGGCAUCCGUGCUAGCGUGCGGCACCUCUAUUCU